GAGCUGAGCAUCUGCUCCCUAUAUAUGGCCUUGGUUUGCCCUAGUGCACGUCACCAAGAAACGUCUUGUUUUAGUUGUGUGCUUUAUGGAUGAUGCUUAAUAACUUUUAGUUGACAGUUGACUAUCGUAAAAAAAUCCAUAAACAGUGAUAAUAAAAAGAUCCAAAUAAUGCUCAUUGCUCAUAAUGACAUGUAUUUAAAGUAUUGAGUCCAAAGUAUUAAGUCCAAAGUAUUAAACCGCCUUGUUUUGCAUUUAAAUAAGGGAACGCGUUUUCGCUUCAAUAUGAAAAAUCAUUUGGAUAAAUAAGCUUUAUACAAUUGUUUUAAGCAUUCAUGAGUCAAUUUUCAAGCUAGAAAUCUACACAGUCGAAGCACGGAAUCAUGCUUUUCAGUGACCGCUCACAGCAGAGUCACCUUUCGCUGGUCUCAGCAUCCGACGGAGGCCUGACUCGCAUUACGGACGACUCGCAGCUGAUUAAGGCCAGCUCCGACGAUUUCGCGCCGUUCCAAAGACGCUUCAGAGGCUACGAUCCCGUAUUGUCCUAUCGAGAGAGCGGAGGAGCCAAUUUCAAGAGUGCUCCAGGGGAGAGUGAAGAGGCGUGCGAUAGGCGGCAUGCGAAUAUUGCCAAUUAUCAACUGAAAACAGUGACUAGUCGUCCUUCAAAGGCCUUGGUGGGAAAGUGUUUUCCAAAUACAGUAUGUAAGCCGGAAAAUCUUUCGAAUGACAGAAAACUAUCCCAAUCGAAACGCACUGCAAACAUAGUCUCUUUUGUCGACGAAAUGGAUCCUACAAGCAGAAGCGUAAGAAGAGUGUUGUCUUCAGCAGAGCCGAAUAAGAAUACACAGUCCCGUCAAGUAUCCCAAAGUUACAGCGAAGCAAGUCGCCCCAACUCGACGAUCAGUUCUCGAAGCUUUAGUACAAUGAGUUAUUCGUGGUCUGGGCACAGCUCACUGACCUGCACGAGCAGCGGUACGGGGGCGGCGGAGACAUCCGGCCGCCAGUGCUGCACCGGCUCCGAGCCGCGGCCGGCCGCCAGCCGAGACAGCGCCCAGACACAGAGAAAGUCGCCCUGCACAGCCUCCGACCGGCCGUCGUCGCCCCAGUCCUCGGUCGAUUCCUGUUCGGAGGACCUGAGUAACCUGCGCUCCGGGCGUAAGUCGGCUGCUAGUCGACUAAAAAAGGAUAAAGGAUGCCUCGCCGGUUUAAAUAGCUAUUUGUCAAACAGAAAGAAGAAAGCGCAAAAGGAGCACCGAAGAAAGGAGCGGAAGAAGCUGAUUAAAAUGAAACCGCAUAGAGGAGACAUUUUCGUCAAAAUUAGGAGCUAUGUCCGUAACCUAGUGUGGGGCCUCCCGCUGGGCGACCCGACGGCGGCCAGCCACCUGGGCACCUCGGGCACCUACCGGGCGUUCGGCACCGGCCCGCAGUCCAUGGCCGACGCCAUGAGCGCCAGCGGCCGCACCACCACCCCGCCCCCGAACGGUCCAGGGGAGCGGGCGCUGUACAACAAGGCUGAGUAUGCCGGGCGGAAGGCGGUGGUCUGUUCGCCGAGGCGCGCCGCCGCCGUGCUGGUGCUGGUCUUCCUGGCCGUGCUGGCGAUCGCGCUGGUUGCCGCAUUUGCUAGGCCCGCCUGUCUUCCCAGCACUGGUGUGGUGGGCCCGACGACGGUGGCGCCUCCGGUGGCGACCCGGCCAACUACUGCCGACGGCGAGCCGUUCCCGUGGGACAGCCUGCGUCUACCGCCAGCCGUCCUGCCCCGCCGCUACGAGCUCCUGCUGCAGCCCAACCUGACCACAUUCGCAGUAGUGGGCCGGGUGAAGAUCCAAAUCACAGUCACUCAAGAGACCAGCUUCAUCGUGCUCCAUUCGCGCAACAUGACCAUCACCAAGAGGGAGCUGCACACGUCCGAUGACUCGGUCAACGUCUCCAUCACGCGCCUGCUGCUCUACCCGGAGCGCGACCAGGUGUACCUUUCGGUCAAUGAGUCUCUACAGCUGGGACAAAACUACACCCUAUCGUUUGAGUUCAACUACACACUCCGAGAGGCUCUGGAGGGUUUCUACCUCAGCCACUACACGGCAGCCAAUGGCUCCAAACGUUAUCUGGCCACCACGCAGUUCGAGCCGAACGCGGCGCGCGCGGCGUUCCCGUGCUUCGACGAGCCGCAGCUGAAGGCCACCUUCCAGCUGGCCAUGGUGCGUCACGAGAGUCACACGGCGCUCUUCAACACACCGCGGCGCAGCACCGCGGACCUCGACUUCUACCUGGGCGCCGGCAUCAAGCAGGAUGAUUUUUUCGAGACGGUGCGCAUGUCCACGUAUUUGGUGGCGUUUAUCGUCAGUGACUACGCGCACAUCUCGGACACCACGGACGGCAAUGUGCUGGUCUCGGUCUGGGCGCCGCCGCAUCUGGUCCAGCAGGGCCAGUUCGCCGCCCAAGUGGCCGUCAGCGUCCUCGACUUCUACACCGACUACUUCGGCCUACCGUACCAGCUGCCCAAACUCGACCUGGUGGCCAUCCCGGACUUCGCCGCUGGCGCCAUGGAGAACUGGGGCCUGUGUACGUUCCGGCUGACUAGCCUGCUGUACGAGCCGUCCAGCGGCGGCAGCGCCAUCCAGCAGUGGGUCACACGGGUGGUGGCGCACGAGCUGGCCCACCAGUGGUUCGGUAACCUGGUCACCAUGGAGUGGUGGAACGACCUCUGGCUCAACGAAGGCUUCGCCACGCUGAUGGAGUUCAUCGGAGCGGGCCACGCGCGGCCCGAGUAUCACAUGGGACAGCAGUUUAUGCUGGAGGCCACGCUGACGGCUCUGGCCUUGGACAGUCUGCGCGACUCGCACCCCAUCUCCGUUGAGGUCACCGACCCCGACCAGAUCGAGUCCAUCUUUGACACCAUCUCUUACAGCAAGGGCGCCGCCGUCCUCUACAUGCUGAUGAAGGAGCUGGGACAGCCCGUGUUCAAGGCCGGCCUCAACAAGUACCUGCGGCGCCACAGCCUGGGCAGCGCGCGCACCGCGGACCUGUGGGCGGCCGUGCAGGAGGCGGCCGCCGAGGCGGAGACGCCGCCGGCCGGCGACGGUCCGCCAGACGUCCAGGCGAUGAUGGACUCGUGGACGCGCCAGAAGAGCUACCCACUGAUCAGUGUCGUGCUGUCGGCCGGCCGGCUGACGGUGCGCCAGGCGCCGUUCACGCAGCUGCCAGCGGUCGGCGCGCGCCAGUCGGACGCGCCGCUGUGGCACGUGCCGCUGAGCUGCCGGCUGCACCGGCGCGCCGGCCUACUGGCCGUGCGCCUCAACGGCACGGCCUCGGUGACGGUGUCGGCGCCGCGCCAGUCGGCCUGGUACUACUGCAACGUCAACAAGACGGGCGUCUACCGCGUCACCUACCCGGCCGACAACUGGGCGGCACUGCAGCAGCUGCUGCUGGCCGGCUCCAGUCACCUCAGCGUCCAGGACAGAGCGGCCAUCAUCGACGACGCCUUCAGUCUCAACAGGGCCGACCUUCUGAACGCCAGCGUGCCGCUGCGGCUGAGCACCAGUUUGUCGCGCGAGGCGGGUCUGGCGCCGUGGGCGGUCAGCCGGCGCCACCUGGACUGGUGGCUGCAGCUGCUGUACGAUCAGCCCACCCACGCGCCGCUCCAGCACUUUGUCCGCCGCCUGAUUGCGCCCCAGUACGGGCAGCUCGGCUGGAGCGAGCAGGGCUCCCACGUGGUCCGACGCCUGCGGGCGCUGGUGCUGGCCUGGGCCGUCUCUGUGCGCCUGCCAGAGGCGGUGGCCCGCGCGCGAACCCUGUUCAGUGAUUGGAGGAACGCCGGCCUACCGGUGCCACCUGAUCUCAGGCAGCUCGUGUACUCCACAGGGGUCGAGUAUGGCGACACCGGUGACUGGCAGUUCGUCUGGCAGCGCUAUCUGAACGCAACAACGCCCACCGAGAAGAACUCUCUACUGCGGGCGCUGGGCGCCUCCACGGACCCGCUCAUUCUGGAGCACUUUCUGCGGAUCAGUCUGGCGGGUGAGCUGGUGCGCAGUCAAGACUUCGUGCUGGUCGUGGAGUCAACGGCGGCCAACCAGGCCGCGCGCCUCCGGCUUUGGCGGUUCGUCCGGCUCAACUGGCACAAGAUUCUCGACAAGUUUGGCGGCGGCACCUUCAUGAUCGACAACAUCAUCCAGGAGCUAGUGUCGCGCUUCAGCACGCAGCUGGAGCUGGAGGAGGUGCGGGCCUUUUUCGACGGAAAGGAUCUGCGCAGCGCUAGCCGCUCCCUGCGGCAGGCGCUGGAAAGCAUCCAGCUGAACAUCCGCUGGCGCGGCAGCCACCAGGCCGCGGCGGCCGCAUGGCUGGAGGACUGGAGCCGGCGGGAGGCGGCCGGCGCCGCGCCGCCAACAGCCAGACACUGGCCCAACUAGCGGCACCAGCCGGCCGGCCGGCAGGGCAGCUCUCCGCUGCACUGUGCGCCUGUUUUGAGUAUAAUGCAUUGCGGUGCGCGCCAACUGAGAGGCGAUGUAACCCAUGCAGCUCGCCGGAGACGGACCAUGUGACCCGUGCAGGCCAGGGAUAGGACCUGACUAUUCCGUCGCAUCGAUUCGACUCCAACCUGCAAGUGUCGGUGACUGGGGUAACAUGGGCGGCACGUAUGGGCAAGGAGGAAUCUAAGCGCCAAUUAGAGACUGGAGGCGACGGCGCGGGUGACGCUGGGCGCUACGUCUAUACAAGUCGCCGACUUUGUUCCCGUGUUAUUGGCGAGGCAUCGCGCACAGCGCCGCUAUUCCACUGGCCAGUCCCUUCCAUUUAGUUAAGGCGACCGGCGGCAUACGACCGCCGAGUUCGGGCGAACCGUUCCAAAUAUACUGCCCAGUUCGGGCGAUGGCGAAUCGUUCCAAAUAUACUUACUGCCGAGUUCA